GAGCAAAAGCGUGUAGAUGGCACCACCCGUGAGGUGAAAAAGGUUAGAAAAGCCAGGAACAGACGCCAGGAGUGGAAUAUGAUGGCAUAUGACAAAGAGCUUAGACCUGACAACAGGUUGUCUCAAAGUGUGUACCAUGGAGCAUCUUCCGAGGGAUCACUGUCCCCAGAUACUAGGUCCCAUGCAUCUGAUGUUACAGAUUAUUCUUAUCCUGCUACUCCGAAUCAUUCCCUCCAUCAGCAGAUAGCAAUGCCUUCAUAUGGAGCAGGAGAUGGUCCACAGUACAUGGCAGCAUCCCAAAGCCAUGAGCAUGAAUACAGACCACCUUCCACCACUGUACGACAUGCUACUUUAAACAGACCUCAGCAGCCACCUCCACCUCCACCCCAGCCUUCCGAUGGUCAACAUAGCUCAGUACCUGUGGUACCAGCAGAAUAUGGGAUGAUUCCAGCUCAGAUGGUGGAUUAUUACAAUCCUACAGGUCCUCCCCCUCCUCCUCCCCCCCCUGUGAUUCCUUCAGCACAAACUGCAUUUGUUAGCCCCCUUCAGCUUCCUGUGCCACCUUCCCAUUCCGGACUGGUAACUGGCUCUACAUAUGCAGCUGCUCAUCCUCCUCCUUCUAGUGGGCUUGUUGUCACUGCUCCUCCCCCUCCGGGCCCACCUCCUCCCCCUCCGGGCCCUCCUGCGGCAGGUUCGUCUGUCUCUUCUUCCCCAAUGCACGCCCCUCUGGCUGCGGAGGCAAAACGUCAUGAACCUGCACAGCCGCCAAUCAGCGACGCACGGAGUGAUCUUCUUGCUGCCAUUCGAAUGGGAAUUCAGUUGAAGAAGGUGCAGGAGCAACGUGAGCAGGAAGCAAAGCGAGAGCCUGUUGGAAAUGAUGUGGCCACCAUCCUUUCAAGACGCAUUGCCGUGGAAUACAGCGAUUCUGAUGAUGAUUCAGAAUUUGAUGAGAACGAUUGGUCAGAUUGAGCCUGGUCCAAGCCCAGUGGCAAGGUCAUGAAAUACUUGGCUUCAGUGAUUGCUUUCUUAGCAAGAUGUAAAGCGGGCAUUGACACAUUUUAAAGGUGUAGUGAUCGAAGUGCUACAAUGGAAUUGGUAUUAUUCAAAUGCUGUAGCUUAGCAACUCUGGUAAUAACGAUGUGAUUAUGCUUAUGCAGAUCAGAAUCUUGUCUUACUUUCAGUAUUUACCGCAUAAUACUUAAGUGCCACUAAAUGUAGCAAAUCAUGUGCUGCGUGCAAAAUACGCUGCAGUUGUUGCACUGUUACAGAACCAGCAUUUUAUUUUACUUUCCUGAUCUUGAAGGGAUAAAAUAUUUUUUUUU